GUUUGCAUGCAAGUCUCGGCGUCGAGGCCGGCUGCAGCGGGGCUGAGCUGCUGCAGCCGCGGGGUUUGCAGAGCUCCGGGGGGUGGGGUGCGGGAAACGCUCUCCCCACACGUAGCCCCGCUAAAGCCACAAGCAGCAGGGCACAGGCUGCAGCCUCUCGACCCCUGCCUUCUCCGUAGCCCCUAAAAACCAAUGCACCUUGGUGGGGGCCGGGGCUGGGAGGAGCCGCCUUCGCAGUGCAGAGCUGGAAGGAACCCCGGCCGGGCUCGGGGCGUCGGAGGUUUGCUACGGACUGGGGAUCGGAGUCGGGAAGGAUGCAGAGAGACCAGGCAGGCCCCUGGCUGCUGGGACUUCCUCACCGGCGGUUUCUUCCUUCCAGCGCUGGGUUAGAAGAGAAGCGGCCGGGGGCGAGCGCUAGCGGCCCCGGAGCGCGCUCUCAGGUGCGGACGUGGGGAGCUCGGCCCCGAGUGGCUGGCAGGCACUGAGCGAAGGGAAAGCGGGCUCAAACCUCGGCGCGGUCCGGCCUGGCCCAGGAAGCGGAAAGUUCAUGUUUGUCGCUUCAACUUUUCGGGCCGGCGCCACAGCCCGGAACGAGGAUAGAGCGCCCCUAAGUCAGGCUGUUCGCCCUGUGGGCGCUCUUCUGGAUCCUUUCUUUGGGGGUCGACAGCAGCGUUUCCAGGACGUGGAGGAAACUACCUUUGCAGGGCCCGGCUCCGGAACCUAAACUUGCCCCAAAGAGCCCCAUCUUCUCUUAGUCUCCCUGCCCCCAUCCCAGCCUAGCAGUGUUUAGAGAGGGGACUGAACUUCCCUCUCUCAGCAAUUCAAGUUCCCCCACCCCUACGCUUGUGUACCCUUCUUGUGGGCGCCCCUCCCUUGCCUCAGCCAUAGUGUAUGAGCAGCUUGGUGCCUUAUUCCAGGUGAGGAUUAGAAGGCUGCUGGAGGCUUUGUGCCUUUGACUGCUCCAAAUGUGCCAAGCCCCGACUAUCUGAGAUCGGCUGAGAUGACUGAGGUGAUGAUGAACACUCCCCCCAUGGAGGAGAUCGGCCUCAGCCCCCGCAAGGAUGGCCUUUCCUACCAGAUCUUUCCAGACCCAUCAGACUUUGACCGCUGCUGCAAACUGAAGGACCGCCUGCCUUCCAUAGUGGUGGAGCCCACGGAAGGGGAGGUGGAGAGCGGGGAGCUCCGGUGGCCCCCGGAGGAGUUCUUGGUCCAGGAGGAUGAGCAAGACAACUGCGAAGAGACAGCGAAAGAGAAUAAAGAGCAGUAGAGUCCCUGUGGGCUCCCAUGGGUCAUACCAGCCAGCAUCUGUUCCUGAACUGUUUUUCCCAUCACGGUGGAAGAAGAGAGUGAGCCACAGUCGUUCUGAACAUGUCAAACGAGGCUUCCGUUUUGCACCUGCAAAUCACCGAGUUGGUUUUCUUUUCUUGUCUUAUCUUUUAUUUUGAAAUCUGCCGAGCAGUGGAGCCCUCUGACAAUUUGCAAGGCCUUCUAGAAAGGAAGCAGCUUAGAGCCAGGGGGUUGGGCUUGGGGGGGAGCGAGUGCUGUUUUUGAGAUCAUUAUCUGAACUCAGGCAGCCCAGUUAGAGGCAGUGGUGGGAUUCCAGUGGGUCUCGGGGGGUGGGAGGUGGGGCAUGUGCAAAGCAAGCAAGGAACAUUUGGGGUAAGAAAACAAACGUG